AUGACUUCAAUAACGCGUAAUCUACCCUGGUUCAUCAAGGAUCUUGGAAUAUCAAUAGUAGGAAAGGAAUGCUACACGUCACUUGUCGAAAAUCUCGACAUGGGCGAUGUUCAAUGUAUCAAAUACUCUCUUUCAAAAGGCCUGGGGAUCGGGAUAGUUGUUGGAGGUUCCGUAAUGAAAGUACCUCAAAUCCUUCUAAUUAUCAACGCCCGUUCAGCGCGAGGCCUUUCGUUUUCAUCAUAUAUCCUGGAAACGCUCUCCUACGCGAUAACUCUAGCUUACUCGUUCAGAAACGAAUUCCCAUUUUCCACAUACGGGGAGAACCUGUUCCUCACCAUACAAAACACAGUUGUUACACUCCUCAUCCUCGCUUACGCACCAUCCUCCCUUCGCUCAGGCAAUAAAGCCCAAAAAAUUGCAGUAGCCAUCUUUGCUACCAUUGCAACUGCCUUUGCCCUCUACGUGAUACCCUCCCAAACACUUUCCCUCCUCCAAAUGUCCACUCUCCCACUCUCCCUCUUCUCAAAGCUUCCCCAGAUACGCCAGAACGCCCGCACACAAUCGACAGGACAGCUCUCAGCCGUCGCAGUUAUCGCACAAGUGGCAGGUUGCCUCGCGCGACUCUUCACAACCGCCACUGAAGUAGGCGACGCCAUCGUCUCUGCAGGGUUCGCACUCGCGCUCCUCCUCAACAUUGUACUCGGAGCACAACUGUAUAUGUAUUGGGGCAAGAGCGACGUGACAGAAUCUCAUGAACUGGGAAAAGCACAUGGCUACAUAGAAGUAGAGAAAGUGAAAGAACAGGAGUCCCCCGCUCCAGCUGUAUAUGAACCCGCAUCGUGGCAACAACAGACACCUCAGCAACGCGUAGCGACGCCGCCACCAAGAACGCCUUCGUCCGCCAGUGGAAGGAAAUGGGCCCGGAAGGUGGAUUAA